AUGUCUCAACAUUCAUCAUCUACUAGUUCACAUUCAUCAUCUGCUCACCAUGGAAAAACUCCCUCAAUGGAGUUUGUAGAUGAAGAUGUGAUGGACGUCACUCCACUCUGCAUGAUACCAGGCGACACCCCAGGUCCCUCGUCCAAAGCUGAAGAUAAGCAAGGUAAUACCUCUGGUAACUCAUCUCUCCCAAAAGACAUGCAUUAUGCUGAUCGUGCAAUAAGGAACCUAAUCACUAGGAUUCUAAGAGAAGGGCAUGAAGUCAAAGGGGUUUCUACCUCCCUGCCUAGAAGGGAACCCUCUCCUGAGGAGGAACCUCAUGCUGAUAAAGAUGAGGACUCAUCUAAAUCAGAAAAAGAAGGUGCUGCUGAAGGGCUAUGCUCUCUAGGUAAAACCCUACCUAGCAAGAAACCAGCAAAUAUGUCUCAGAAGAACGUCAUUGACCUAGAGGAAGAAAGCUCUGAGAAGGAGGAUGAUCCUUUGGUUAAUCUUGUUAAACCGAGUGUUGCUGAGAAACUGAGAACUAGGCAAGGGAAAAGUGUGGCAAGAAUGAGAACAGGAAGAGUGAAAAGGACGGCUGGUAUAGGACCCUCAAAAGCUUGGAGCAAGGUUGAGGUUAGGAAAAGAAAAGAAAGAGAUAGCUCUGAGGAAGAUGUCAAAGACGAUGUCCCAGACAUCUCCCCUGCAAAAAGGCAGGUUGUUCAGAAGUCUCCUGGCAAGACUGAUGUUGUGCACCUAGACAAUAUCUCCUUUCAUUUGGAAGAUGGGGCAGCAAAAUGGAAACAUGUCAUUCAGAGGAGAACUAAUUGA